CGUAACGCGCGGGGAGAUAAAACGCGUCGGCGAGGUUCCAAUCUCACAUCUGCUCCCCUCCUCCUCCGCCGCCGCCACCGCCGCCGUGGAAAGCGAGGAGACGUAGUCGCCGAGAUGGCGGUGGAAAAGGUGGACACGACCGUCGCCGACUUCGACGCCCACUUCGACAAGCUCUUCGCCGCGGGGGAAGACGGCGGCGGCAAGGUGAAGCUGCUCCUCUUCCUCGCCGACCGCGACGCCUCCUCCGACCUCACCUGGUGCCCCGACUGCAACGUGGCGGAGCCGGUGAUCUACGAGAGGGUGGAGGCGCUGGGGAAGGACGUGGUGCUGCUCCGCGCGUACGUCGGCGACAAGCCGACGUGGAGGGACCCGGCGCACCCGUGGAGGGUGGACCCGCGCUUCAGGCUCACGGGCGUCCCGACGCUCAUCCGGUGGGAGAAUGGCGCCGCGGCGGCGAGGCUCGGGGACGACGAGGCCCAUCUCGCCGACAAGAUCGACGCCGUCCUCAACGACGCCUCCUCCGCCAACUGAAACAAAAAAAAAAAAGAAAGCACGGCUUGUAUGCUCUCUAAUCUAAUUGUUAGCGAAUCGAAGUGAAGAAAAAAAAAUCAUGCCAGUGACGGCUGAAUUUGCUUGUAACAUGAAUGGAAAAUGGGAAAAAUAAAACAAGUUUUUUAAUCCAA